AUUGUCACAAGGUUUCUUGAGGUAGGAAAGUUGCCUGGCUUACAGCACAGGAGCGAGCUUCCAGAGCUAGCCAACGUGGGCCUCCUGCCCCACAGGAAUGCGAGGGCCAUCACUUUUCCUAGAGCUCUGGUGCCUGCUGAGCUUGUCAGGAGCUGUGGCUCAGAAUGCCAAUGAUACCUGUCCUCUAUGCCCCGUAAACUCUUCCUGUGUCAAUGGAACUUACUGUACCUGUAACUCCGGGUUCACUUCUAGAUCUGGACAGAUAUUCUUCACAUUCAUCUUAGAGACAUGUAACGACGUUAAUGAAUGCCAGCCACCCACUAGCAUAUAUUGUGGCGUCCAUGCUGAAUGUCAUAACACAGAAGGAAGUUUCUACUGUAGCUGUGUCCCUGGAUACCAGCUCCGCUCGGGAGGCGAAAAAUUCAGGUCGGCCAGUGAGAACACCUGUCAGAAACCCAGUUCUUCAGACACAACCCAAAGCAGGAAAGAGUUGCAAAAGGUCAUUAACAAAUUCGAGUCACUUCUCACCAAUGAGACUUUAUGGCAAACAGGAGAGAAGCAAGAAAUCGCAUCUGCGGCCACUUCUAUCCUCCAGAAUGUGGAAUCAAACGUUCUAGAAACUGCUCUGAAAGCCCCACAGCAAGAAGUGCAGAAAAUCCAAAACAAUACACUGGCUGUUGAAACUCGAGUGGUUUCCAAUAAUUGCUCUGAUGAAAGAAAGAUAUUUGACCUCAACGUCCAAAUGAACACCAUGGACAUCCAUUGCAAUGACAUCAUCCAGGGAAACAUACAAGGCCCCAGUGCAGUCGCCUUUAUUGCAUAUUCUUCCCUUGGGAACAUCAUAAAUGCAACCUUCUUUGAAAACUUGGAUGAGAAAGAUCGGGUUUACCUGAACUCCCAGGUAGUGAGUGCUGCUAUCGGACCUGAAAGAAACAUGUCUCUCUCCACACCUGUUAAUAUGACUCUGCAGCAUCUGAAGAUGAAUCCAAGUAGCAAAAAGGCCUUCUGUGUGUACUGGAAAAGCACAGGCGGGGGCGGCCACUGGUCUAGGGAUGGCUGCUUCCUCGUGCAAAUGAACACAAGCCACACCACAUGCAGCUCCACCCACCUGUCCAGUUUCGCCGUUCUCAUGGCCUUCACCAGCCAGGACGAGGACCCUGUGCUGACCAUCAUCACCUACGUGGGGCUGGGCCUGUCUCUGCUGUGCCUCUUCCUGGCAGCCCUCACCUUCCUCCUGUGCAGAACCAUCCAGAACAUCAGCACCUCCCUGCACCUGCAGCUCUCGCUCUGCCUCUUCCUGGCCCACCUCCUCUUCCUCACGGCCAUCGACCAAACCGAACCCGAGGUGCUGUGUGCCGUCAUCGCGGGAGCCUUGCACUACCUGUACCUGGCCUCCUUCACCUGGAUGCUGCUGGAGGGCCUGCACCUGCUCCUCACCGCGCGGAACCUCAUGGUGGUCAACUACUCCAGCGUGAACAGAUUCAUGAAGCGGCUCAUGUACCCUGUGGGUUAUGGAGUCCCCGCUGUGGUUGUGGCUGUCUCUGCAGGAGUCAGGCCUGGCCUUUACGGAACACCUGCCCGAUGCUGGCUCCGCCUGGACCACGGAUUCAUCUGGGUCUUCCUUGGUCCUGUCUGUGUCAUUAUCUGUGUGAAUUUCUUAUUUUUUCUCUUGGUCCUUUGGAUUUUGAAAAGGAAACUUUCCUCCCUCAACAGUGAUGUGUCAACCAUUCAGAACACAAGGAUGCUGACGUUCAAAGCACUGGCUCAGCUCUUCAUCUUGGGCUGCACCUGGUGUCUGGGCCUCCUGCAGGUGGGUCCAGGUGCCCAGGUCAUGGCCUAUCUCUUCACCAUCAUCAACACCCUGCAGGGAGUCUUCAUCUUCCUGGUCUACUGCCUUCUCAGCCAACAGGUCCGGAAAUGGUAUCGAGAAGCCAUGAAAUCCAAAUUCGAGUCUGAGACGUAUACACUUUCCAGCAAGUCUGCCCUGACUCAAAGCCCAGUGAGAACAAGUGACGAGGAAAAUAUUAAAACUAGAACAUUCAACUCCAUGGAGAGUUCUACCUGUGGAUCUCAUGGGCGUCAUGAAGAAUGAAGCUGAGGGAAAGA